AUGGCUACUGAGUCCCAUAUUUCAUUAAUUGAUUUGACAAAACAAUUAAAAUUUGAAAUCGAUGACGAUAUUAAGAAAAAACUAUGUUUUGCCGAAACACUUGUAAUAAGUUGUGGACAUUACGAGGGGGAUCUUCAAGAUUCAGAUUCCGAAUCAGAUUGGACUUGUAAUGAAUCCUCAGAGAGUAAAAUAUCAGAAAAAAGUAAAGAUGUAGUAGUCGAUAAAUUUUUUGAUAAGACCGAGGAAGUCCCAAAAAAGGAAUCGGUUAUAGAAGAGGAAGAAGACUUUCAUUUUUAUUUCUUUCCGGAUUGUUCAAAACCGAUUCCACCGAGUCAUAGCCAGGCCAGUCUAAUAAUAGAAGACGGAUUCCCCAAAAUCAAUAAAGGUUUGAAAAAACCAGAGGUAUGUACCUGCAAGUUGGAUAAAAGCGGCAAGUGUCCAUGUUUUUUAAAAGUACCAUGUAAAUGUGGUGCUAAAACGAAACAUGAUUGUACUUGUCGUGACGCUGAAAAUAUUUGCAUUUGUGACGAAGGAAAACCUCGAUUAGUAUGUGUAUGUAAACCAAGCAAAGUUUGUUUAUGCCAUCCAGACCAUAAACCAAUGCCUAUUUGCAAGUGUGCUGAUAUAGAUAAACCUUGCAUAUGCCAAGCUGGUAAGUACCCACACCCGGUUUGUGUAUGUGAAGGUAAACCUGUUCAUCCUACAAAUUUAGAAGUAUUUAAGUAUGAAGAAUAUGGUGAAGAAUGCCGUUCAGAAGAAACAAAGACAGAGCCAAUAACGGUAAAAUCUGUAAAAUCGGUGCCAAUAAAGGUAAAAUCUGUAAAAUCAGUGCCAUUGAAGGAGCCUUGUUCAUGCCAGAAAUUACCACCCGAACCUGUAUGCCUCUGCGUAAAAGGAAAAGAAUGUACGUGUGAGAAAGGUUCAUGUAUUUGCGGUGUCUUACCUACUUGUAUAUGUGUACCAAAUGAAGACGAGGAACUUAUCUGUAAGGACGAUGAAUCAAAAACUGUGUGUGUUUGUCCUAAAGAGCAAGAAUGCACAUGUUAUUCAAAAUCACCCGAAGACUGUGAAUGCUUUCCCAAACCACAAGUUUGCACUUGUGGUAAUGCAGAGCAAUGCAUUUGUUUCACUACUUGUGAGUGCACUGAUCCCUGUCUUUGUGAUCUUGUACAAAAAGAUAAAGACCUGUGUACUUGUGAAGAAAAUACAAUGAAAAUAGCUGGGGGUCUAGUCUGCACCUGUCCUCAAAAGAAUGAUCACAAUAAAAGUUUAAAAAGAGUGAGAGCUGGGAAACAUGGUUAUAGGUGGUGUAAUGACGUUGAUCCAAAACAUACAUUUUUCGGAUAUGCGUAUGAGAGGCACGAUAAAAUAUCUGGUAGGGAACCAGAGAGAGAAAAAACUAAAAUAUUAGGUUUACACGAUACACCAAGCCAGAAAGAUGACGUGUGUGCAAUUCAUGGGCCAAUAGCAUCUUCAUUCAAAAAAAGAGUUAAAAAACCGAGCCUGGAUUGUUGUAGUGCUGUUGGAGGUAUUAGCAUCAGUGUAGAGUCUUUGGGAGAAGACAAAGACAAAUUUCUUGUUCAAAUAGUGUCUCAUAGUGGAAAAGAAGGAGCUAAAACUGGUUCGAAACUAGUUGGUAUAUUGGACUGCAGUCUCCAUACUUUAGAAGAAAAUCGAUGCGAACAUAUAACAAAGAAAGAUUUGACGAAGGAACAACGAAGCUAUAUGGCCAUAUGUGAGGAUGGUUAUUAUAAUAAAGUGACACGUGUUUGUGGUGAUAGACAUUUUGUCAAAAGAAUCUACCAUUCAUUCGAUGUCGCCCAAAAUUUCUUACUUGAAGGAGCUAAUGUUGUGCUGCUGCGAUACUUUGCUAUAAACAGACACGCUGGCCAUGUAAAAACAAAAACAGUCCUAUUAGAUGGAACUGUUUGUGAGAGUAUAUACAUAUCAAAAGGAGUCAGUCAGGCAAUAGUAAAUGGAAAGCCCUUAUUCGUUGUUAAAGUAGAACGACAUAUUAUAGACCCCGCAGGAUUUAUUAACCAAUCGCUCACUGUUCUCACAUUUAAAGGGUGUAUGGUGAGUCACGAGUGGGCAGAUAGUUCUUACAUUUUUCACAUAAAUCCAUUGCUUCGAGUUAUCCCAGAAAAGGAUGAGAUCGAGUCUCACGAGCCGAUACGAGAAAAAUGGCGUAAUGACCUGCAACUGCUAUCAGAUUAUUUGGAUUUCAAGAGCAAGCGGUCAUCAGAAGGUGCUAAGUACGUGUCUGAAACGAGCGAACUAACGGGAGUUAUUAAAGACUACCUCCAAGCACUACUCCUGAUAAAACCUCACGAUGCUCUUCAUUUCACAAGACACUAUUUCGGUUCAGCUCUUUCCGCUCUUGAUCUGCCUCACGACGAAUACUUUGAUCCCUGCUCCAAACACGUCAGAUAUUACUUUUUUGAAGAGUAA